CACAGAGCAUUAUUACAAGACGAAUUAGAGAUUUACUUAACCUAGGAAUUAUAUAUACCUUAGCUAGUUCUUCUUUGAAUCCACAGGAUCGAUAUGAAGUCUUUUCCGGUUGGAUCACGGUUUCUUCCGAAAGAUCUAGGUUUGGUGAGGUUUUAUCUUCGAAACAUGGUGGAGAGGAAGCAGAGCAGUUUCAUAACAACUAUGGACGUCUACGACGACGAGCCGUGGCUUCUUCCUCACGUAAACAAUCCUCUGUUCAAGAACAAGGUGUGGUACUACUUUGUUCCGCUGACUAAACGAGGUUCAAGCGUGCAACGGAAGGUACCCGGAAGAGAAGGAAGCGAAGGCGGCUCUUGGAGAAGCAACGAUAGGAAAGAAGAGAUCAUGGACGGACAUGAAAGGGUGAUGGGUUACCAGCAGUCUUUCACGUACCACAGGAAAGUGCAUGGAGUGCUUGUCAAGACAGAUUGGCUGAUGCAGGAGUAUUCUCUUCACAAGCGUGAUGAGCACCAAAAGUUGGUCUUGUGUCGGAUCCGAUACAAGAAAAAGAAGAACGUCAACAAGAUUAGACGCGUUAACCAUCAAGCUCAUCAGACUCAGGUGGCGGAGAACACCAACAACAUCUUACAGAGCCAAUCAGUGCAAGAAGAGGUUGAUUUAACCGAUUUUCCUGAUGAGCUUGAGACGAUGCUAGAGGGACAAGAAGAUCGUGAGGAGCAAGAAGAGGUUGACUUAACUGAUUUUCCUGAUGAGCUUGAGACGAUGCUAGAGGGACAAGAAGAUUGUGAGCAACAACAAGAGGCUGAGUUAACCGGAUUUUCUGAUGACCCUGAGUCGAUGUUGCUAGAUGGAGAAGAAGAUCGUGACGUUACCCAACAACAACAACAACAACAACAACAGCAAGAAGAAGAGAUACCGGUUCCUACACCGAUGCAGAACAACGACAACAACAAUAACGUCGUCAUGAUGAUGUCGAACCAACAAGUGCAAGAAGAGGCUGCAGGUUUAAUCGGUUUGGCUGAUGAUUUUGCGAUGACACUUCUGGAGGGACAAGAAGACCGUGACGUUACUCAACAGCAACAACAGCAGCAAGAAGAAGAUGAUAUGAUGGUGCUGAUGGACAAUCCUAAUGAUGCUCUCGCAUUGGGGUUUUAUGAGUUUAUUGAUCUAACUUGGUACAACGAUGGCGAAGACUCUCUUGUUUUCACCGUAGCAGAGUCUACUGAAUCCGGCUUCGAAGAACUGAUAACUGAUUCCUCUAAAGAUAUCAAUGUGUUGCAUGGCGUCUUGCCCAAGUUACCUCCUCCUCAUGUCUCUCCAGAAGGAAUUCAGAUGCGGCCAAUAAUGGUGAUGCAAGUCACCAUCUUCCCUCGAGCUGGAGUCUGUAUCGGCAACUCAGCUACACAUGUUGCAACAGAUGGAGUCACCUUCAGUCAUUUCAUGAAGUAUUGGAUGUUACUGACCAAAUCCAACGGCAAAGAUCCUGCCACGGUUCAUCUACCCCCUUUGCUUAUUCACAGCUGCAGAAACAUGAUCAAGGACCCAGGAGAGAAUCAGAUAGACAAUCUCAAGAGCUGGGUUAAAGAGCAGUCUGAGAAUCAAUCUCCUGUUUCUACCUUCGUGGUAGCUCUAGCUUUCAUUUGGGUAAGCUUGAUGAAGACACUUGUUCCAGACAGUGAAACAGAGGCUAAGGAGGAAGACAAAGAUGAAGUCUUUCACUUGAUGAUCAAUGUGGAUUGCAGGAAUCGUCUCAAGUACUCAGAACCAAUACCACAAACAUACUUUGGAGCUCCGAAAUUGGGACUGUAUGAUAUGGAUUUUGGGUUAGGAAAGCCCUGCAAAAUGGAGAUAGUGCACAUAGAAACAGGUGGUUCUAUUGCAUUCUCAGAGUCCAGAGACGGUAGUAAUGGAGUUGAGAUUGGAAUAGCACUGGAGAAGAAGAAAAUGGAAGUAUUUGCCUCAAUUCUACAACAGGGGAUCAAGAAAUUCGAGAAGUAGCAGCCCUUUUCUCAUCCAAUAACUUGUAGCAACAACAUUUACCGAUCAACACAACCUCAAUUAGUAAGUCCCAACAUUCCACAAACGUCCUGAAUAUGGUUCAAUAAUUAUCUCCAAUCUCA